CGUAACAUGGCCACAGAGAACAGGUAUAUCAUCGUUUAUUCAUUAUCAGUGAUCGCCGAUACUAAUCUGCAAAUUAUAUUUUGUCCCAUCGUCCUCGUCGGUUUUCCAGUUCCUGGUGAUUCUCUCACUCUCUUCCCAGCUAACCGUUCUCUUCCCUGUUAUUUACACGACAGGUGAGUUUUUUUUUCCGUGUGAUUCACAUCGAGCGUAGCCUCGGAUGGAUACUAAACACGCACGGUCUGCGAUCGUCGUAACGCGUUUGAAAUAAUUCUUCCGAUUGUACACAGCCAGCACGUCAAUGUCUAACCUAUAAAUCUAGAAAAUUCUUACCUAACGAAACUGUUGUAUUACUAUUUAGAUUGACGUGCAUCUUGCAAAACGUAAACCCACAGCCUUUGCUAAGAGUUUGAAAAAAUAGAAGUGAUUGAUAUAUAAACGUUGCAAACGGCCGAACAAGAGUGUUACCUGUCGUUGGGAUUGAACGACACUAAACGAGAUACCAAUAAGAGAGAAACUGUAAAUAACUUGAUGGAAAUUUUUGUGGAGCUCGUCUUGAGGAACGAGAUGUAUUGAAAUAUAAGAUACAUGGUUCAUAUUUGAAGUUUCAUGUUACUCGUUCGACUAUUGAUCAGAAUACAAUUAAUACUUCGUAUGAAUUCAACUUGUUUCUUCACAAAUUACAUUUAACCCUGUUUCCUACGAACGUUUAAUCGAUAGAGUAUUACACGUCCAAUGAGAAAAUACACAACAGGGGAAAUGUUCAAAUUUCGUUAGUGACAAACGUGUAAUAUAUGCCUUUUGUUUGCAAAUUUUCUUUUAUAAAUUUAUACCUAUCGCAAGUCUAUGUAACUAGUAGUACCUUUACUUUGCUUAGUGCACUCUGCUGUAAUAAUUGCCCUAUUAAGGAAUAUAAAAGCUCUCUAGCAGAUUUAAGCAUUCUUUUGUAGCAUUUUAUAUAUUUAUUUUGACUAUGUAUCAUACUAUAUAUCCGCCGCAAAUAAUGGUGCAGAUAAUGGGUGGCCAACAGGCAAAUGGACAGUGUCCAUCAGUUCAACCACACACAAUGCACAUUCAUGGUGCAAGCGCAUUUCAUCAGGCAGAAUAUGCAAAGUAUCAUCCAGAUGCUUGUUCUCAGAAUAGACAUAUGAUUCAAACAGGAUCUUAUCCAUUGGAGUUAUUGAUGGGGGUUGAGAUACCAUCUUUGCGACAUGUAGAAUACAUGCAGUCGAGUAACAACACCCAACGUGGACACUGGCAGAGACACGUAAAUACGUCGAACAACGCACCUCUCAUACACUCUCCGCAUCUAACUUUCAGACCAAACAAUAACGGUUUGGCAAGCAAAAAGUCAAAUUGGUACAACAAAUUGAACAAGAGAACUUCGUUCCGUGAAUCCUAUGUAAAUAACGAGAAAUACGGCAGCGAUAGCGGUUUCAGUUCUCGGUCUCCCACGCCGAACAAGCAUCACGCCGAUAGCAGUCGAACAGAGAGCUCGGAUGAACGGGAUUCUGUAAUCUCCUUGGUGGAACAGAAUAUGAAAAAAUCACACAGGAUACAUCCAAGUAAUGUCGUGAACAACAGAGUAAUGCAGUAUGGUAUAAUUUCAAAUAAUUCUAUGCAUCAGUAUUAUCAGAAUCAAAGAUCUGUUAAUUGUUACCCCACUACCGUGUCAACGUCUAGGAAUCAAGUACAAACUUAUCAGAACAAAAGAAGGUAUCAUUCAGGCAGAAACAGUCCACCUCCUCAAAGAUUACCUAGGAACAAAAGAUACAUGGGAUUCUUGUCACACAAUUAUCACAUGUUUCCCAGAUACGGUAUUGCCCCAGAUCGCUUUUUAGCCAGAUCACAUUUAGUCGAAGUGACUCGUUCACCGGAUAAUCUGUUCACUGGAUCAGUUUGGGACAGACUUUCAAAAGACGUUUGGUCGAAGUUCAUGUUGAAUCAACAGACUGAGACUGUCUAUAGGAACAAGAUGAUGCUUUGGAGAUAUCUUUAUGUUUACAUCAAAACUGCGUUCCCAAAGUAUGGAUUGUUCUUGGUUGGCUCUACGAUGAACGGUUUUGGGUCAGAUAAUAGCGAUGUUGACAUGUGCCUUUUAGUGAGGCAUACAGAAAUGGAUCAAAGGAACGAAGCCAUUGGGCACUUGGAGCAAAUAUUGAAAUGCCUUAAGAGAUGCGAACAGUUAGAGCUUAUACAAGCAAAGGUACCGAUUCUAAAAUUUUAUGAUUCGAUACAAAAUUUAGAGGUUGAUUUAAAUUGUAACAACGCUGUCGGCAUUCGAAAUACUCACCUUCUCUAUUGUUACUCUCGAAUUGAUUGGAGAGUAAGACCGCUGGUACUUGUAGUUAAACUUUGGGCACAAUCUCAGAAUAUCAAUGAUGCCAAAAACAUGACAAUAUCCAGUUAUUCCUUAGUUCUUAUGGUUAUUCAUUUUUUGCAGUGCGGUGUCGAUCCACCAGUUUUACCAUGUUUGCAUUCGCUUUACGAAGGUAAAUUCACACCACAUACGGACAUUCAUUGCAUAGACAUUCAAGAAGAAUUAGACAUUCCAGCCUCUGUACUUCGGCCUAAGAAUCGACAACCGUUAGGGGAACUGUUCGUGGAGUUUUUUCGUUACUAUGUCAUGUUCGAUUUCAAUCAAUAUGCGAUAUCAAUCCGGCUGGCAGACAAAAUACCCAUAGAAGAGUGUCGAAGGGCACGAUCUUACAAGAACGACCCCCAUCAGUGGAAAUAUUUGUGUAUCGAAGAACCAUUUGAUCUAACCAACACCGCUAGAUCAGUUUACGAUCCGGAUGUUUUCGCAAGGAUCAAACACGUGUUCGAUUGCACGUACCAGAAUUUGAAAGAGCAUCACGAUCUGGCCAGAAUAUUCGUCAAAGUGGCUUCUUCUUCACCCUACAUCGUGACGUAAUCACGUUUCCGCGCAAGCUGGUGCAGAAAUACUCACACUAUCUAGUAUAACUUGGAACAUUCGGAAAGCGGUUUAUACAUAUAUAUAUUUUUUUUUUUGCAAUUGGCCUCUCUCGGUGCAAUUCGAGGCGAUUCGACUGAUAUACUACUUAAGAUGAAAUACGGUACAACGAGGUAAUUUUUUUACGCUUACCUCGGAGCUAACAUGCUCGUGUCUUGUGAUAAUAGCCUGCGCUUUCGCGCAACGGCUCAUCUUGUUGCGUUUGUAAACUCGAGUUUUUCUCCCCCUGUCUUGUUUCGUUUCUGUUUUAUUUGCUCUUUAUAAACAUCUACUCGCAAAAAGCGCGAGUUCACGCUCGUACCGCG